AUGAACGUGGAAACAAACACAGAUUUACUAAAUAUGGUGACCCCGUACAUUGCCAAACAAGAUAUGUUUCCCAAAACUGAAGCGGAGUGGCUGGAAAUUGCACGUGAAUUUGAGAGAAGAUGGCAAUUCGCGCAUUGUCUAGGCUUCAUCGACGAGAAACAUAUAACAAUUGUUCCACCGAAGGGAAGAACGGAUCGAUUGUUACCCUAUGUCUUCAUUGGGGAUGAAGCAUUCGCCAUGCGUCGGGAAUUGAUCAAGCCAUUUCGUCGGGACACUUUAACAAGAGAGCGGCGAAUUUUUAAUUACUGGUACUACUGA